CCUGGAACUGGUGACGUGGAUUUUUAAAGGCUUAAAAGCUCGUAAAUCUACUGAAGUUCUUUCCGGAAGCUCUUCGCUCAAGAAAAUCUGUCUUAUUAGUACUUAAUCUUGCCUUUAUGGUUGUGUUUAUGGAGUAUUUUUAUUUGAGGGAUGCGGAGACUUAAGAAUUGUAAUAAAAUUGCGUGGAUUUUGGGUAAUUUUUCUCUUUUUGUAAUGUUUUCGCCUUUUCGCGCUCUUUUUGAUCUGGUUUCCCGAUGUUCCCGUUGGCGCUGUAGUCGGUUGGAUGACGUUUCAUUUCCAAAACAAGGAUUUUUGCCCUCAUCGAAAAUGUCUCAAAAUUCAGCUAUUUUCACACAAUUCAGUAGUGAAAAUGCACUGAGUUUGCCUGCAGAGUGUCGAGUGAAGGAUUUGUGUCGAUUGUGCCUCAUUUCCACCGGUGAUAGACUGGAAAUAUUCGGGUCAUUGGGUCAGGAGAUGAACAUAAGCAAAACAAUGCAGCUUCUCUUCACCUCUGAGGUGCAUCGAGGUGAUCAGUGGCCGCAGAGAAUCUGUAUGUCAUGUUAUGCAAAGCUGACUGACUAUCAUGACUUCUACUGCACUGUGAAGGCUUCGGAAGCAACUCUGGAGGGCAUUUGUGGGCAGUUAGCGCCUCAGGGUGAGGGACAGAAGGUGCAGGAAGAGACGGAGUUAGUUCCAGAGGCGGAGAAUGACGAAGAGAGCGUGGAAAUGGUUGCAGAGGUGAAGGAGGAGGAUUCUGGAGAGGCUCAAGAGGACACAGAAGACGUGGAGAGCAUCGAGGAUGUGCCGUUGAGGCGCCGGAGGACGCAGCCCAGGCGAGGGAACUCCUCCAAGAGGAAGUCUCUGAACGACAUCAUCGCCAAGUACGUGAAAUUGACCUGCGAACUCUGCACGGCGUCCUUCCGGGUGUUCGAGGACCUGAAGGAGCACUACUGCGAGGCCCACGAUCAGGUGGGCUACGUGCGGUGCUGCGGCAUGCGCUUCGAGCGACGCCAGAGGCUCGUGGAGCACGUGCACUUCCACGUGGACCCCAAGAGCUUCGAGUGCCAGGUGUGCGGCAAGGGCUUCAAGUUUCGGAACCACCUGCAGGAGCACCUCAACAUCCACAUUCCGCCGGAGCAGCGCGAGUUCAAGUGCGACCAGUGCCCGAAGAGCUACACGAAGCUGUGCCGCCUCACGGCGCACCAGAAGGUGCACGUGCCACACGAGGAGCGCGAGCACGUGUGCCCGCAGUGCGGCAAGGCGUUCUCCACGGGCUCCGUGAUGCGCAGCCACAUCCGCAUCGUGCACGAGCGCUGCCAGACGAAGGUGUGCGAGUUCUGCGCGCGCAUCUUCAAGACCAAGGAGGCCUUCGUGGCGCACCAGAUCAACCACAUGACCGAGAAACCGCCGAAAGUGCAGUGCGAAUACUGCGGGAAGAAGUUCAAACAGCGCCCCGGGCUGCUGCGCCACAUGCUGCGCCACAAGAACCCCAACCAGGCCUUCCAGUGCGACCUGUGCAGCCGCACCACGGCCACCAAACGGGCGCUGUACAUGCACAAGAAGUACGUCCACACCACGCAGCCGCUCAAGUGCAACCUCUGCGACCGCGAGUUCAAGCGGCCCAUCAAUCUCAAGGAGCACAUGGCGUCGCACACUGGCCAGCAACAGCUCUAUUCCUGCAACUUCUGCGACAAGAUGUUCAACAGCAACGCCAACAGAUACUCGCAUCAGAAGCGCAAGCAUCCGGAGGAGUGGCGAGAGGCGAUGCUGAAGAAGAACGAGUAG